AUGAAGUUCCUGCAAGUCACUUCUCUCCUUACGCUGCUUGCAGCAUCGGCGUCAGCCUUGCCGACGUCCCCUGCUGCAGAUGCCCUGAGCGCUCGCACAGCGGUGUUGAUGGGAGCUACUAAGCGUGAAACGGAUAUCUACCACGCGACGGCUAAGCGCUCUCCGGAGACCGACAUCUAUCAUGCUACAGCCAAACGCUCCCCAGAAACUGACAUCUACCAUGCCACUGCCAAACGCCGUUCUCCUGAGACCGAUAUCUACCAUGCUACGGCUAAGCGUCGUUCCCCUGAAACAGAUAUCUACCACGCCACUGCCAAGCGCCGAUCGCCAGAAACCGACAUAUACCAUGCCACUGCCAAACGUCGCUCUCCUGAGACGGACAUUUAUCAUGCUACAGCCAAGCGUCGUUCACCAGAGACCGACAUUUAUCACGCGACGGCCAAGCGCUCGGCAGCUAAGCGCGAGACUGAUAUCUACCAUGCAACUGCCAAACGCUCACCGGUGCCAGAAACCGACAUCUACCACGCGACAGCCAAGCGUCGCUCCCCAGAGACUGAUAUCUAUCACGCGACAGCCAAACGCUCCCCCAGCCCAGAGACCGACAUCUACCACGCCACAGCGAAGCGCCGUUAA